GCAGCUCUUUAUGAAUGAAACUCUUCCUCUGGCUGUCCUCCUUUGAAAAAUGCCUCCAGACUCAAACUUCACCACAGUUUCCAACCCGCUAACGUCUGCCCGUGGAGGCGGCGGCUGCCCUCCUGUUGGCAUCCAGCUGGAAGGCCUCAUCAUGCCUCCAGUCCUGAUCAUCGACGUUAUCCUGGGAUUCAUGGGAAACAUUGUGGCACUUUGGAUCUUCUGCUUUAAGCUGAAGGCCUGGAACCCAAACACCCUGUUCCUCUUUAACCUGGUUAUUGCUGACUUCUUUGCCCUGGUGAGUCUGCCGCUGAGGAUCGAUGCCUUGCUCAGAGGCCAUUGGGUGUUUGGAGAUGGCAUGUGCCGGAUAAACCUCUUCCUGAUGUUUUCCAACCGAUCUGCCAGCAUUGCACUCAUGACCGUUGUGGCAAUUUACCGCUACUUCAAGAUAGUCCACUCUCAUCAUCGCUUCAACCGUAUGACCAAGCGACAGGCUGCUUUUGUCUCAGUGUUGGUCUGGCUGUUGGUGAUCAGUCCUCGGGUUCCCAUGCUGGCCUUCAACCACAUCAAGGGCAGCGGAGAGAAGACCCAGUGCUUCUUCUUCACGUCCUAUAAGGAGGCGUCCCGUUCAAUCAUCAUCCUGGUCGGCAUGCACCGCAUACUGACGGUGCUGGAGUUCAUCGUCCCCAUGGCCAUGCUGCUGUUCUGCUCCGUCCGGAUCUCCUGCUUCCUGAAGCAGAGGCAGAUGGGGAAACCUGAGAAGGUGCGGAAGGCCAUGAGGAUGUGUGGCGCCAUCGUGGCUGUGUUCAUCAUCUGCUUCCUUCCCACCACGGUCACCACCAUCGGCGUGUGGGUCAUCCGCUCGUUCCGACCAUGGGACUGCACUGCCUUCUACACCUUUACUCAGCUCACCAUUGUGUCUUUGGGUCUGAACUUCCUGAACUCGGCUCUGGACCCCAUCGUCUACGUCUUCUCCAGCUCGAUGUUCCGGAAGGCGCUGCUGGAGCUUCUACCCUGUAGAAAGGAUGAAGGCCAGAAGCGGGAGUCCUCAUCAGGAAACCAAAGCACCACCCAGCAGGAACUGAAGACUUUAAAGGCUGAAUGUGGCAGUGAGGCCGUUCAGAGCGCUGGACCUUAGUUCAGACCAUGGAGGGUUUGGGGACGGUCUGUGCCCGAUCCACCCCUUCCUACCGGCUGAUUAACGCUGGUUUUAAUUCAACGCCAUUGUUAAGGUGGAAUCUGACCUUUCUGUAAAAUCUGCCUCUAAAAGGUUAAUCCUCUGAAAUGUUUUCUACAACGUUCAGUUUGAUGAUGGUUAUUUCAUAAAUAACACACUGACUAUGUUUCCGAGGAAGGUAAACAGUCCCAUCUGUUCUCCAAACACUAGUCAUGUGUUGAUGCUUAGAGUCAAGACUUGUAAACCAGACCAGCAUUUUAUUGCCGUUUUCGCAACAUCAUGUUUGGACUUUAUAAGACAUUCUGGCACAGAAGAAAAUAACAUAUUUAACAUCCUGGCAAUAAAAGUAGGGAUGGUCGGUUAGCAUGUCAGUGCUGCCUGCUGUGGGGGAGUUUCAGGAUCCGUCAGACCCGAUAACUGGUUCUUCUUCUUCAUGUAGAAAGAUCAGAAUGUAGUUUAUUGAUGUCCUGCAUCGUUUAUUGAUGUCCUGCAUCGUUUAUUGAUGUCCUGCAUCGUUUAUUGAUGUCCUGCAUCGUUACUGGCGCUGCUGUGGAAGUCAGUUAGAUACCCAGCAGUGCUCCGUGUGGCAGCCAGAGAAACACUGGAUUCACCAACAGACCCGGAAACUUCCCAAACAGAACACAGUCUGUUCCCAUCAUAGACAGGUCCAGCCACCGCUCCAUGCCACUAGUGAAAAUAGAUCUAUAACAAAUCAUCUAUAUGUUGCCUUUUGUGCAGAAUGUGCCUUUACUUUUGCAACA